UCCAUGAGAAGUAAUUGACUCAAUCGAUCCAUAAGUACUCUACAACUAUAUUCAUUGAGGCCUCGAACUAAACGAUAGCACGGCUAAAGAGCACCUAAAACUAAAACAUCYAGUAAUCCACCAUGUCUUURAAUACAACAGCUACARCCAUGGCUAAUGGGACCUUUUCCGGAUUAUURGAAGACACUUUUCCUGUAAAGGUCGUUAAAGUAAUGAUGUACUGCAUUCUACUUGUAGUCUCAUUCACUGGUAACCUGUUUAUUCUAUGGGCAACAAGUAGAGACAUUCGACUAAGAAGUAUGACCAAUAUUCUGAUUGCCAACAUGGCGGUCAGUGACCUUCUCGUUCCUUUAUUCUCGAUACCAAGACAUAUCUCCUAUAUUAUCUUUCAUCAAGGAAUAUGGCUGAUUGAUGGUGACUUUGGACUUGCUCUUUGUAAGCUCGCGUUUUACCUGCAAGACGUUUCUUUGGUUGUUUCGAUUUACAGCUGUGUGUUUAUCGCUCUCGAUCGCUUCUACGCUGUAGUUCAUCCACUCAGAGGAGGUUUGAGAAGAGGAAAACUCAAGUACAUCAUCCCAGGGAUCUGGAUGUUUUCUCUGGCCAUGUUUUGUACAAGUUUGUUUACUUUUACGCUUGUGAAGACAGGAAAAACAACAAAAUGCAUGAUGAACUUAUCACAAAUUGGUAUCACAACAAUCCUACACUUGAGGAUUUAYUAUUGUGUGAUAUUUGCGCUGACUGUUGGAAUCCCAUUACCUAUCAUCUCUAUCCUCUACUUACGUAUCGCCCUCAAGCUCCGACGAACUACAAUACCAGGGCAAGCAGGGAACACUUCAUCUUUGAGGGAGCGUCAAAACAGGAAUGCCCUAAAAAUGUCUGUCGUUGUUGUCAGCCUUUUCUUCCUAAGCUUUUUACCUUUUACAGUGACCGCUUUGCUGUGGUAUCAUUGGAAAUCUUGAUAACUUAACACCGGCUGUAUUGAACGAUUUAUCUUUUUCAACGACUUUAAUUGCAGAAUCAAGUACUUGCUACAACUUCUUCAUCUAUUUGAUAUUCACUAAAGUUUAUCAAGAGAAUUUCAAAAACUUGUUUUCAAAAUGUACCUGUGUGAAUCCUUGUUCAGGAAGAUUUCGCACCAAUUCUGUUGCUCUUGAAAAUAAUGUGGCACCAGUUGAAUGGGGAAAGAUCAACGUGAAUGCGAUUCAAUCGAAUGAAUGAMCUUGAUUAACUGAAAUAUUGUAUAAAACUCACUCAUGUAUUGGUUAUACAUACGGAUCUAAUAAGAAUUAAAAGUAAACUUUUGCCUUCGUGGCGUUAAACAG